AUGAUUGUAUUCUCGUUUGGGCUCAAGCGGGGGUCAGUGCUCAUGCUCAACUUACCUGAGAAGUGCUACACCGACAGCUCCCUGCCCUCGUGCUCAAAUCCGGUCUCUCCGCUCCCGAAAGAGCUACCGACUCCGACAGACGCGGAGCUCGACGCGCUAUAUAACGACAUGUUGCACAAGGACAGCCCACUGGAGACGCUCGCAUUCGCCCAUCCUGGCAUGACCGACGUGAUGCCCCAAAUGAACUUCUCCUGCGAGCUGCCAUGCCCGCCCGCACUCGUCGGCGCCUCCGCCAUCCCCUCGGCCGCCUUCAACAGCUCCCACUUCUGGCACAACCACACCGAGGGACCCCUUCCCGGAUAUCUCCGAACCGAGGGGCUGAACAACCUGACGAUGGCCGUCCAGCAGAUGUGCCACAAUGAGCCCGUCUUGGCCGAGAUCGGCGCCGUCAACUAUUCGACGAACGUGCAGCCGCCGGUGGUUACGGUAGGUGUU